AUGGUAAAGACGGUAAAGAAGAAGACCGCAGCGGAGAAGUCCCAAACCAAGAGUGGAAAACAAAAGGCGGAGCCUGUCCGCAAGAGUGCACUGAAGGAGAAGGGGGCCAAGAAGAACCAUGACAAUCACGUCAAGCACAGCCCAUCCGACAACACGGUUGUGCCAUCGACCAUGAAGUCGUCAGCGCUGGAGAUUUUGAAAGUGCUGCAGGGCAAGAAAGCCACUGCGUCUUCAAUCGAAGAGAAAGUCAAGGUCCUAGCUGAUGCUGCUAAGAAGGGCAAGAAGGUGGUUCUUGAUGAAAAGGCAGCCAAGCAGAUUGCUCAGAAUGCCAGAGUUGAGAAAGUUCUGCCCAAGUUGAAGGCACCUGCUACUGCGCCUGCGGUGCGCACACCGCCAUCGAAAGUGCACCGUACCAAGUCACCUCCGACUCCACUCCAAUCGGAGACGGAGUCAGCAGGCAGCAAAGGCAGGGCUCGUGCAGCAGCUUUGGAUGAAGCUGCAAAGAAGGCGUCAACAGAAGCAGAGUUCGAUGCUUCGAAUUUGAGUAGCUUCUUAGAUGAUCUGCAGAAGGAGUGUGCGCGCAGGGGUGAGGAGUUCAACCCGGCUAGCCUUGCUGAGCUCUUGAAAAGCAAGGCCUUGACACCGCAAGCCGGCGCUGAAGAUGAUGAAGAAGAAAAGCCGGAGGAAUCCGGCUCAGAGAAUGAGGAGGAGGACGACGACCAGGAAUCGGUGGAGGGAGAGGAAGAAGAGGAUGCAGAAGAUGACCCGGAGCAAGAGGUGGAGGAAAAAGAUGAAGAUGAUGAGGAGGCAGAAGGUAGUGAUAUGGAAGAAGAAGAAGAGAAACGUGAGAGUGACAAAACAAGAAAGGGAAAUGCGCCAAAAAGCAAUGGGCUUGCAAAGGCAGUGGCAGAAACCAAGAACGGAGCGCAAAAAGAAGUCCGCAACAGCAGCACGCACAAGAAGGAAUGGGAUCGCUUCUCGACCCAAUGUCGGAGCAAGGCUUUCCCUCUGCAGCUGGCGCCCAUGCUGAAGCGCAAGAAGACCGACCUUUUCGGUAUCUGGUUGGACUCUGAGGAGGACUGGGAUGCUUGCGUGAUUGAAGUUGAGCGGAGCCAGGAGUCUUCUAGCUUGUCGCGAAAGCAAUGGACUGCGAUCCAGGUCAAGGACCUUCGCAAGACCAUGCCGGAGGCCAAACUGAAUGAGUUGGUGACCAGGCGAAAGGAAGCUGGUUUGUACUACAACGAUGAGGAUUGGCCAGAUGACGGCGAGGAGAAGUGCGCGCGUGCGUUCGUACAUGAGCUUACGAAGGAGAAGUUUGGUGCCAAGGCGACAUCGCAAGUGGACGCAGCCAUGUUCCAAGCUUUGACCGGGGAAGAUGGCCCGCUCCCAGCGGGGCUGCUCCCCAGCAUCAAGACAGGGACAGAGGCUGGAGCAAAAAGAUUGUUCCAAGCGCUUGACGAUGAAAACAAGCAGGUGGUCAAACAAAAGAAGGAGAACAAAGACAAGGAUAAAAGCGAGGAGUUGAAACCCAAGACUUUGUCAGAGCAAGCUGGGGACAAGUUGCAGCUGACGCUUGAGCAGGCAACCAAAGCGAGGAAACUUGGCAUCCAGCUGAUGGCUUUGGAUUACGCGAAGGAGCUUUCUGAGCAGUUGAAAACUCACGCAACUGCCAUGGAAUCUGUUUACACAUCGCUGUGUUCAGCAACAGCCAAAGAUCCCUUGGAUGAGAGGGAGGUGAAGCGUAUCCUAAAGGACAUCGAUGACAAGACAUCAUGGUUUGAAAAGGCUGAGGCGGGGGUCUUCUGUUGA